UUCUUUUUAACAAUUUCCACUUUUUCUCGAAGAAGCCAAUUAACAAAAAAAAGCUCAAAAGAAACCGUCAAAAAGCCACCGUUGAGAUUUUUCUUCCUCCAAUGGCGUCGUUCGAUGAAGCACCUCCCGGAAACCCCAAAGCCGGUGAAAAGAUCUUCAGAACCAAAUGCGCUCAGUGUCACACCGUCGAAAAAGGCGCCGGUCACAAACAAGGACCGAAUUUGAAUGGAUUGUUUGGAAGACAAUCUGGAACAACACCAGGAUAUUCUUACUCUGCUGCUAACAAAAGCAUGGCUGUGAAUUGGGAGGAGAAGACUCUUUACGAUUACUUGUUGAAUCCUAAGAAGUACAUCCCUGGAACAAAAAUGGUGUUUCCUGGACUGAAAAAGCCGCAAGAUCGUGCCGAUCUUAUCGCUUACUUGAAGGAAGGUACUGCAUAAGACAGGCACGGCUGGAUAUUUGAAGCAUCUGCUAUUCCAGUGCAUUUUUUUUCUCACAGAUAAAUAAAUCAGACCAAAAAUA